AUGGGGCCUGUGACAUCACUUCCUCCGCCAGGGGCGGAGUGGAAGGCGGCGGGCGGAAGGGAGGGGGCCAGUGCGAGUGAGGAGAAGUUCUGCGUCCGCCGCGACUUCUCAUUGGCUCUCUGCUCCGCAGCCUACAAUGAACCUGCCGAUUGGCCUCAGCUGGGUCCGCGCUGCCUUGUGAGAUCCAAAGGCUGCUCUUGGGAAUGUGUGAAGGCUAUUGGGUUCAAGGGAAGCAUCUGGAAAGGGGAGUGUGAAGUAAGGGGUGUGCUGCUGGAGCCCUGGGAGGAGGGGGUUGGGCAGCCGCUGCUGCUGCCGCUGGUGGUCCCUGUGCUUGAAGUGCCGGGUGGUAUCGGAGUCCAUGCGCCCAAGGCUUGCUACUCUCUCCUACUGCGAAGAUGCCCAGCACCUAGCAACAUUUUCUGGCCCAGCAGAGGGGGCACCAAGAACAGCAGCCUUUCAAGACCCUGUAGGAGGCAAUGUGGGAAGUCCUGCACAGGCACAAGCGCAAGCGCCAGUAGCUUUUGGAAACAGUGGAGCUACAGAUCAGCUGAAAGAACUGUGACCCUGAGAAGGAUGAACGCUUCUUGGGCACUGCCAUCUGAAGUUUACUCCCUGGCCCAUGUUCUCCACAUGUGUCCUGGGGGACCAGCAGCACUGGGAUGAGGUCAAGGCUAUGGGUGUCUCCCACAUGGACAUCAAGGUGCUGAAGAAAUUUGGCAAGAGCAAGACACUCGACAAGUAUGAUGCCUUUUUGGCCUUAGGGUCUCUGAUCAGGCAGAUCCCACAAAUCCUGAGCCCAGGCCUAAAUAAGGAAGGGAGGUUCUCUUCCCUGGUGACGCACAGUGAAGACAUGGUGGCCAAAGUUGAUAAGAAGUCCAAAAUCAAGUUCCAGAUGAAGAAGGGGCUCUGUCUGGCCAUGACUCUUGGCCAUGUCAAGAUGACAGAUGAUGAGCCUGUGUACAAUGUCCAUCUGGCUGUCAACUUCCUGGUAUCAUUGCUCAGGAAGAAUUAGAAGAACAUCUGGGCUUUAUACAUCAAGAACACCAUAGGCAAGCCCUAGUGCCUAUAUUAGGGCAUAUUCUAAUACAUCUUAGUGCCACAAAGAGAAAGAGGAAGAGAGAGACAGAUGAACAAAGGGAGAGAGACUUGGAAUUCAGCAAUCUCCUUUCUAGACAAGGGCUCCUCCUCCUGACAUCACAGAGAUGUCUGAUGUUCUAGGAGUCUACGGGCCCAAGAGACCUGGGUUCAUCCAUCUGGUUGGAGAAGGACAGCAAUUCUACAGAGGGACCUACCAGGAAAAGCUGGUAACUUCCAUCUUGUGGCUUAAGGUGGUGUCUCCAGCUGCCAUCAUCACACCCAGGAGAUUGUAACCCAUGGAAAGGGAAGAAGGAAGAAGUGGAGGGCAGGCCCAUUCCUUUAAGAACAUGAACCUGCCAGGCACGAUGGCUUAUGUCUGUAAUCCCAGCACUUUGGGAGGCCAAGGCAGGUGGAUCACUUGAGGUCGGGAGUUCGAGACCAGCCUGACCAACAUGGAGAAACCCCGUCUCUACUCAAAAUACAAAAUUAGCUGGGCAUGGUGGCACAUGCCUGUAAUCCCAGCUACUUGGGAGGCUGAGGCAGUAGAAUUGUUUGAACCUGGGAGGUGGAGGUUGCAGUGAGCCGAGAUGGCGCCAUUGCACUCCAGCCUGGGCAACAAGAGCAAAACUCUGUCUCAAAAAAAAAAAAGUAACUACAUGAGGUGAUGUGAUGGAUGUGUUCAUUAGUUUGAUUGUGGUAAUCAUUUCACAAUGCAUACAGAUACCAAAACAUUACAUUGUACAGCUUAAAUACUAUAUACAAUUUUUAUUUGUCAAUUAUACCUCAAUAAAAUUGGGGGAAAAAAACCCACAAAGAAAUGGCACAAUGUGUCUAGCUGUGCUGAGCCCUCAAGAACAUGACCUAAGAGUUGCAGUUAUCUUCUCACAUCCGUUUUGCGGGCAUUUUGUCACAUGGCUAUGCUUAGUUGCAAGGGAGUUUGGGAAAUGUAGUCCUUUUUAUGAGCAGCCAUGUCCCCAGCUAAAAUGUGGAAGGAAAGGAUGACUUUGGGGGGAAAAUUCCUGGCUCUGCCGUAGUCUCCUAAGAGGUUUUCCUAUUUCUUCUCUGCCCCCUACAGGUUGUUCUAAACACAGGAGCCAGAGCAGGAUCGUGUCACUUUUCUGUGUAGAAACUUCUAAUGACUUCCUGCCUUACUCAGAAAGAAAUCUAAAAUCCUUACUAUGGACCACAAGGCCUUGCAUAAUUUGAGCACCGAUUUCUCCCUGAUCCAUAUCCUACUUCUUUCACCUUUACUACCCCACUCCAGUCUCACUCACUCCACUCCACACCUUGCAAAAUACCCCACCUCAGAGCUUUUGCAGCUGCUGUAUCCUCUGCCUGGAACAUUCUUCCCCCAGACAGCUGCAAAUGUGGCUCCUUCACUUCCUUUCGGAUCCUGCUCAAAUGCCACCCACUCAGAGGCUUUUCUUGGACCCCAUUCCCACCAUCCUCAGCCCCCUUACCAUCUUUUGUUUUUCUCUGAGGUAAUGAACA